AUGGGGUUUGAUGAAGGCAGCAUAAUUUUAAAUAGUGAAAAUGAAACAUAUUAUGUCGGUCAAACUAUUUACGGCAAAUUGGUAUUCCAACAAGACAAGGUCAAAACUUUUCGAGGUUUAUAUGUUAAAAUAAAAGGUUUCUGUAAAGUGCAAUGGACUACAACCCACACUCGAAAACAGGGUAACCGUAACGUAACCUACCAAAAAAUCCAUAAGUCCCAUGAAGAGUAUUUUAGAAAGAAAGAGUAUCUACUAGGCAGUGAAGAUGGUGAGUACCACCUGCAGCCUGGUAAACACGAGCUUCCGUUCGAUUGUCAAAUUCCCGCUAAUUGCCCAUCAUCUUUUGAAGGCUCUUUUGGCCAUGUUCGCUAUGAGAUUAAGUUUGUAGUUGAUAGAGCUUUUAAGUUAGAUCAGAAAAAGAAAAAGAGGUUACGGGUUAUCGCUCCAUUAGAUCUGAAUGUGGAACCAUAUUGUAAGGAACCAAUGCAAUUUGACAUAGAAGACACAUAUUGCUGCUGCUGCAUGAGUUACGGCUCCAGUGAGACCGUUGCUAAACUGCCUGUGUCUGGGUAUUGCGCCGGGCAGGUUAUACCCAUUGAGUUGAACUGUACAAAUCACGGCAAGGUUAAGGUUGACAUCAAGCUCGCUAUUAAAAAGAAAAUAGCCUUCUAUGCAUCCUUAAAUCCGGAUACUAGACACCAAUCGGAAAUAAUAGCAGAGAUCAAAAAGGGUCCUGUUCCCGGUGAUACCACCAGAAGCUGGAUGGUGGAUAUGGAGGUGCCUGUUAUAGACGUGUACAACAUGGGAACCUGUCGGUACAUUGAUAUAGACUAUGAGUUUAAGGUGACCGUUAGUCCUAAAGGAUGCCACCGGAACAGUGACGAUACGAGGCGUAUUGUCAUCGGCACGAUCCCGAUGGUCGGGCAACAGGACAAUAUCCCAAAUCCUCUACAAGACCAAAUGCCGAUCUUUAAUGAAUCUAUGUUUCCCGCGAGCUCCUACCCACCGAACCCUUACCCAGUCGAAAAUUCUCCCUAUCCUGGUGAAAACUCUGCAUAUCCGUCUCAAAACUCACCAUAUCCUGGCACAAACCAACCUCAUCCAAGUAUAACUCCGUCUUACCCCAAUGCAAACCAACCUUAUCCUGGUGCGGCCGCUCCUUACCCUGGCGCAACUUCGCCCUACCCCUUAAAUCAGCAAAUAAACAAUUCACCAUAUCCUGGUGCAUAUCCCACUUCAACUAUUCCGAUUAAUCCACCUUAUCCCGCAAUCAACUCGACUCCAAAUCAAAGCUUGGCUCCUUAUCCUCCUAACAGUUCACCUUACCCGGCACCAAACCCAUCGCUAAACCCCAAUGUCAGCCCUUACCCUGGUAGUCCCAAUCAACCCAAUGUCCAGUACACGCCGGGAAACAAUCGCAGCUCAGUUUUAACCGGAAGUAGUACUUCACUGAAGACAGGAACCUUUGGAUUUAUUGGACAAGUUGAUACUGAAGCUGUCCCAAUACCAUCACUACCACCUGGCGCUAAUGUACCUUAUCCUACUACUCUCACAAACAAUCCGUACGCUACAGCCAGCGCGCCUGAACCCGCUACACCCGAUGAUGAAAAAAAAACUGAAGUGCCUUACAACUCCGAAUACAUCAGCAAGAAGGAUGAAAAAUGA